UAGUGACAUGAUAUGAAUUCCAUCAUCAAAACGACGAUUAUCUGCUCUAGUUUCUUUUGAGUUUGUCCUCUCAACUACCAGUUAUUGUGUUCUUUAUCUUGCCACUUCCUAGAAAGAUACUAAUGAUCUAAUGGCCUCUUCUCGCAAUUGGCUAUUCGAUGUUUUCCCAAGCUUCAGUGGCGAAGAUGUCCGUCAAACUUUCCUAAGCCAUUUACUAAAGGAGCUUGAUCGCAAACUGAUCAGUGCUUUCAAAGACAGUGAAAUCAAGAAAAGCCAGUCCAUUGGUCCCGAGCUGGAACAAGCCAUUAGAGAUUCAAGGAUCGCCGUGGUAAUCUUCUCGAAAAACUAUGCAUCUUCAAGCUGGUGCCUUGAUGAGUUGCUGGAAAUCAAGAAAUGUAAGGACAUUUUUGGCCAACUUGUCAUACCGAUCUUCUACAGGUUGGAUCCUACUCAUGUCAGGAAACAGACCGGAGAUUUUGGAGAGGUUUUUGACAAGACUUGCCAUAUCAAAACAGAGGACAAGAAAAAUCAAUGGAAGCAAGCGUUGACCGAUGUUGCUAAUAUCCACGGAUAUCAUUCUCGAAAUUGGGGCAACGAAGCAAAAAUGAUUGAACAUAUUGCCAAUGAUGUUUUGAAUAAAUUUCUUUCAACCGCGUCCAAGGACUUUAAUGACUUUGUCGGCAUUGAUGAUCAUAUCGCUAAAAUGAGUGUAUUGUUGCAUAUGGAAUGUGAGGAAGUGAGGAUGGUUGGGAUAUGGGGUUCUUCAGGAAUUGGCAAGACUACCAUUGCAAGAGCUCUAUUUAGUCGUCUCAGUCGCCACUUCCAAAGUAGUAUUUUCAUAGAUAGAGCUUUCAUAUCCAAGAGUAUGGAAAUUUAUAGUAGAGGCAACCCGGAUGACUAUAACAUGAAACUGAACUUGCAAAGAAAUUUCCUAUCUGAAAUUUUAGAUAAGAAAGACAUAAAGAUUGAUCAUUUGGGAGCACUAGCAGAGAGGUUGAAAUAUCAUAAAGUUCUUGUCAUUAUAGAUGAUUUGGAUGAUCAAGUAGUGUUAGAUACUUUAGCUGGUCAAGCUCAGUGGUUUGGACGUGGAAGCAGAAUCAUUGCAAUUACAAAAGAUAAGCACAUUUUAACGGCUCAUGGGAUCAAUCAUAUUUACGAAGUCAAACUCCCGUCUGAGAAACUAGCUCUCGAGAUAUUAUGUCAAUCUGCAUUUAGGAAAAAUACCCCUCCUCAUGGUUACAUGGAGCUUGCUUGUGAAGUGGUAGAGCGUGUUGAUAGUCUUCCUUUAGGUCUUAAUGUUUUGGGUUCACAUUUGCGGGGGGAAGAUAAAGAGUAUUGGUUGGAUCAGUUGUCAAGGUUUCGAAAAGGUAUAGAUGGAAAAAUCCAUAAGACACUAAGAGUCAGCUACGAUGGAUUAAAUAACAAAGAGGACAAAGCGCUAUUUCGUCAUAUCGCAUGCCUUUUCAACUAUGCUGGUAUCAUUGAGAUCAAGAAGUUGCUAGCUGAUAGUGACUUGGAUGUUAACAUGGGACUUCGAAACCUCAAUGAUAACUCUCUCAUACAAAUAAGAAGGCAGACUGUGGUGAUGCAUUCUUUGCUACAAGAAAUGGGUAAAGAGGUCGUUCGUUCACAGUCAAAUGAGCCUGGAGAAAGAGAAUUUCUAACGGAUUCAAAGGACAUCUGUAAUGUGCUUGAAGAGGACAUUGGAAGUAGAAAUGUUUUGGGUAUAUCACUGAAUAAAGAUGAGAUAGAUGAGAAAGAUGAACUGCAUGUACAUAACAGUGCCUUCAAAGGGAUGCGUAAUCUCCGCUUUCUAAACAUUUACACAAACAAAAGUAGGACGAAAGACCGGUUGCACUUACUAGAAGGCUUCAACUAUUUGCCACCUAAACUCAGAUUAUUGAGUUGGGACAGAUAUCCGAUGAGAUGUAUGCCUUCUAAGUUUUGUCCCAAGUAUCUCGUGAAGGUCAAAAUGCAAGGAAGCAAGCUUGAGAAAUUGUGGGAAGGAAUUGGGAACCUUACAUGCCUCGACUAUAUGGAUUUGUCGGGAUCUGAAAACUUGAAAGAGAUUCCAGAUCUUUCUUUGGCAACUAAUCUCAAGACACUUAACCUCAGUGGUUGCUCGAGUCUGGUGGAUCUUCCUUUGUCUAUUCGGAAUCUGAAUAAACUGAUGACGUUGGAAAUGUCAGGAUGCAUAAAUCUAAGGACUCUUCCAAGUGGCAUCAACCUCCAAUCUCUGGUUAGCGUAGAUCUAAGAAAAUGCUCCGAGUUGAACAGUGUUCCUGAUAUAUCAACCAACAUUUCAGAUCUCGAUCUAAAUGAAACAGCUAUUGAAGAAAUCCUUUCUAACUUGCGUCUUCAGAAUCUUGUUAGUCUUCGCAUGGAAAGAAUCAAGAGCGAGAGACUGUGGGCAAGUGUGCAGUCGCUGGCAGCUCUCAUGACUGCGCUGACUCCUCUUUUGACAAAAUUGUAUCUCUCGAAUAUCACAAGUUUGGUGGAGCUUCCUUCUUCAUUUCAGAAUCUCAAUAAACUUGAGCAGUUGAGUAUUACAGAAUGCAUAUAUCUAGAGACUCUUCCCAAUGGAAUGAACAUAGAAUCUCUGGAUUACCUCAAUCUCAGUGGAUGCACAAGGCUGCGGAAUUUUCCUGAUAUUUCAACCAACAUCUCCACACUCUAUCUAAAUAAUACAGGGAUUGAAGAGGUUCCUUCCUGGAUCGAGAAUUUUUCUAAGCUUAGGUUUCUGCAUAUGAGGAAAUGCUUCAAGCUAAAAUGUGUAUCCCUUAACAUUUGUAAAAUCAAACAGCUUGAGAAGGCUGACUUUACAGUCUCAAGGAUACAUUCUAAUAAAGCUAGCUGGUGUGACAGUCCAAGUGCAGUGGUAAUGGAAACAGACAACGUUCACGUUCACCGUACAUUACCAUCUCCCAAGGAAGACUCCUCAUCAAUAUAUGUGCCAAAAAUCUACCUAAAAUUCGUCAACUGCUUUAUACUGAGUCAAGAAGCUCUCCUUCAAGAACUCUCGGUUUUAAAGGGACUGAUAUUUCCAGGUGAAGAAGUGCCUUCAUAUUUCACUCACCGAUCUAUUGGAUGCUCUCUGACCAUCCCUCUACUCAACAACUCUCUCUCGAUACCAUUCUUCAGGUUUAGAGCUUGCGCCAUGGUUGAACUUGAUCCUAGGUUGUAUCCACUUUCUCCCCACAUUGUUAUCCAGAUAUGUUGCCGGUUCAGAGACAGAUUCGGUAACAGCUUUCAGUCCUUUGGCCAGCCACAUAGGUUCACGCCAUAUCAUCAGAAGGGUAGUCAUCUAUUUAUAUUUGACUGCCGUCUCCUUCUAAACAGAGAUAAUGCUACUCCAGACGAACUUAAUUACAAUCAAGUUUGCAUUCAGUUCCGCAUCAUUGAGGACCGCUCUAUUUUUAUACUCAAAGGAUGUGGUAUACGAAUCUUUGCGGAUCAUUGCCCAUCUCCGGAUAACCAACCUGAUAAUGUGAGCUCCACGUUAGGUGUAGCUAGAUGGGCUCUGCCACAUCCUACCAAACGGAACGUCUUUAAGGAUUUAACGUUAGCUCUCAAUGGCGCAAAGCAGCAGUUUUUAAAACGCCGUGCACGUGGAGAAUGAAGGAAAGGCACAUGAAAAAUAAAAGGCAAUACUAGUUUGGUGCUGAGAAUGGAUUUUCCAGUGGGGGCUUAAUUCCGAUAUUGUAUGAAUAGUGUUUCGGACAAAUAAAAGUUUUGUAAUAUCAGGGUCAGGAGUCCGUUUGUUUUCACUAUAUAUGU